ACAAAAAUUGCGAUCGAGUAACACCGCUCUUUUUCGGAUUUUUAAUGUCAACUAAAAAAAAUGAGAAACGAGUUUAGACACAAAAAAAAUCUGUGUUACAGCUUAAAGUGAAAAUAGAAAUGCUUAAUUGUUGGAGAGUCAUUUGCAUCCACACCAUGCUCAAUCAAUAUCAACGAAUCAACUGUACGAUAAAAAAAUCCGAAGAUAAAAUAAGUUCGUCCAUAGCUUCAACUUCACUGUCUGCGAAAGUUGUUCGUGAUCCUCUAUAUAGAAAAAAUGGAAGUGGCGUUGUCAUUAUGGAUCGAAGACCGCAACCAAAAAAGGGUCCCCCUGAGUGGUCCAAUGGUCCGAGAGAAGGCAAAGCGUCUUUAUGCUCAUUUUAAAGAACCUGAUGGUAGUUGUAGUGGUAAAUGUACAGAUGGAGGAUUUCAAGCAUCGAGAGACACUGCUGCAGACACAAACCUGAGCAAGUUUUUAAUGCAGACGAAACUGCACUGUUUUGGAAGAGAGUGCCAAACAAAACAUUCAUUUCUAAAAGCGAAGGAUAGAGUUACACUGGUGCUAUGCUCUAAUGCAUCAGGAGAUUGUGUUAUUAAGCCACUGAUGCUUUACAGAUCGUUUAAUCCUCGGGCUUUACAAAAUCAGAAUAAAGACAACCCGGCAGUGUUUUGGCGUGCUAAUAAGAAAGCGUGAGUUACAAGUGCUAUUUUUUAUGAUUAGUCACGGAAUGGUUUUGUUUCUGAAUCGCAAGAUGAAAAUUUGACUGAAACCGACUUGGAGGAAAUGUUACAGCCCAUUGAAGAAGAAGCUUCAACAAGCACUGGAAACGUGACAUUUAAGUUGAAAAAUCUUAGUGGAAGUUUAAGAAUGGCAAAUGAGCUUCGCGAUUUCUUUAUG